UAACUGGUUCUUAACAUUGGCUCUUAAGGCUUUUAACUUCUAUUUGUAACUUUUUAGUCUUUCUGCCUUAUUAAUGGAAUCCCAUACUUUGAAUAAUUUUUUCAAGUGAUUUUCGUGACUUUUCUCUGUUACAGUCAUGUGGUCUCCACAUGGUCAUGGAUUCACCUUUAUUUUUUCUUGUCAGAUUACACUGACUCGCUUAGACACCAUAGCAGCGAAGAGCAAUGGUUAUCCUCUGUUUUCUUCACUUUAGGAGAAAUGUUCCAGUGUCUCUCUCAUAAACAUUAUGCACAUUUGCCUGUUUUUAUUAUUGUUAGGAGCAUUUGUUCUAUUCCUGUCCUAUUUUCAUAAAUACUUCAAUCAGAAUGUACGGAAGGGGUGGGAGAGAUGGCGCCUUUCUAAGGUCGUUCCUUUGUUCUUCAGCGCACUGUUCUUCAUGUCCAGCCGUCUUGUUGGGCGCCUCAAAGGGAGCCCAGAGCCUUUCAGGCACCUGUGGCCCAUGCACGCAUGUACACACACACACACACACACACACACACACACACCCCAUAUGUGUUCGAUUUUGCUGUGUGUCUCUUGAGUGUAUAUGAAGCAGCUGAUAACAGUUCUUUUGUACAAACAUUAAAACAUUCCUAGCUUCUUUUAAUGAAACUGAAUUCCGUUUAGUAAUGCUUUACUUUUUUUAGCAGGAGGUUUUUGUUUUUUUUGGGUUUUUUUGUUUUGUUUUUUUUUUUUUUUUUUUUUUUUUGUCUUGUUUUUUUCUGGAGCUGAGGACCGAACCCUGAGCCUUGCGCUUGCUAGGCAAGAGCUCUACCACUGAGCUAAAUCUCAACCCCAAUGCUUUACUUUUUUAACUGAAAUGUCCAGGUACGAUUUGCGUGGCUUUUCUUUCUACAAAAGCCUUUUUCAUUUUUGAUAUUAACAUUAUAUUUCAUUUGAAGCUUUUGAAUGUUUUCCAUUUUCUAAAGUCUGCAACAAUUUUAAAGCAGUAUUGAAAUCAUCAGCCCUUACUGGGUGUCGUAGAGUCAGUCGCCUGAAAAACUUUGUGACCCGGUUUGUUUUGUUUCCGUUGGUUUGGUGGGUGGCUCUUCCUCUAUUUACUAAGUCAGUAUUUGUGGGCCUGAGAGGAGGCUUAACAGCUAAGAGCAUUAUUUCCUCUUCCCGAGGACUCAGGUUCGAUGCCUGGCACCCAUCUGGCAGUGUACAACUGUUAGGUCCAGGGGAUCCGGCACACUCACACAAACACGCAGGCAGAACAUAAUUGCACAUAGAAUAAAAAUAAAUAAAUCAGUUUUAAAAUUUAAUAAAUUAAUUAAAUAAUCAAUAUUCAGACUAUCCCUGAUUACUUUCAUAAGUCACAUUUAUUUACAAUAAAUUUUUUAUUUUAUCCAUGUUUUAUUUAAUGUAUUGAAUUUUAUAAAACAGUUUUUACUAUUUCAAACUUUCUCUAUUUCUGUGGUUUCCCCUAUUUUUUACUUUUGUAAUUGUGCUUUUCCCUUUUUUCCUCUUUGUUACUGGCCAGUAGCUUAGUGAACUGAUUUUUUAAAGUUAUUUUUCACCUACAUUUAUGCUCCACUGGUGUGUGCGGUGCCCUUGGAGAUCAGGAGGUGGUGUCAGAUCUGGAGUGACAGAUGCGUCUGAGCCUCCAUGUCGGUGCUGGGAUUCAAGCCUGAGACCUGCGAAAGCUUCCAGUCCACUUCACCGCUGAGCCAUCUUUCUCAACCCCUGAUUUUUUUUCUCCCCAGCAGAAGAACUAAUACUAGUUUAUUUAUUCUAGUUCUAGCUUUGCUCUCUAUAAUUUUUCUUUCAUCUUAUAAGGUUUUUCUUCUUUGAUUAACUAAAUUAAAGUUGUUUUCCUACCUUUUUAAACUACUUAGUAACUUCUAUUUUUUUCCUCAUUAAGAAAAAGUCAAAAGUGAGUUUUCUUCUGAUCCUUGAACUUCACUGCACAGCUUCUGAGCUGGGCUUUCAUUACAUGGUUUUCUAGGAGCUGCAACCUCCAUUUGUAGUACACCUCUAGCCCAUACUUCUCCAAUUAUUUAUUUAUUUUUAUUCACUUUGCCCAAUCAUAGCCUUCCUCCUUCUUCUCCUCCCAGUCCUGCCCUUAAAAAUUCCUCCCAUUAGUACCACCCCACGCUGGGACAUCUAGUCACUGCAAUAGUAGGCACAUCCUCUCUUGUUGAGGCCCAACCAGGCAGUCCAGGUAGGGAAAGGGGAUCCAAUGGCAGGCAAGAGAAUCAGAGAUAGUCCCCACUCCAAUUGUUAGGGAACCCACAUGAAAAUGAAACUGCACAUCGGCUACAAAUGUGCAGGGGCCUAGGUCUAGCCCCUGAAUGCUCUCUGGUUGGUGGUUCAGUCUCUGUUGGCCCCACUGGGCCCAGUUGACUCUGUAGGUCUUCUUGACUCCUCUGGCUCUCUACCCCUUACUCUUCUACAGGACUCCCCAAGCUCUGUGUGAUGUUUGGCUGUUCAUCUCUCAUCUGUUUCCUCCACUCCUGGAUGGAGUCUCUCAGACAGUUAUGCUAGGCUCCUGUCUGCAAGCAUAGCAAAAGUAUGAUCAGUAGUGUCAUGGGCUGGCUCGCUCACAUGGGAUGGGUCUCAGUUGGGACAGUCACUGGUUCACUGUCCCCUCAGUCUGCUCCAUCUUUGUCCCUGUGCAUCCUACAGGCAGGACACAUUUUGGGUUGAAGGUUUUGUGGGUGGGCUGAUGUCCCCUCCUUCCACUGGAAGUCCUGCCUGGCUAUCAGAGGUGACCACUCCCGUCUCUAUAUCCCGUUCUAAUAGGAAUCUCAACUAGCGAGUCCCGAAGAGACUCCAUACCUUCCUCGCUAGUCCAUAUUGUUAAAGAGACUUUAAAUUUUUUAUUAAUGUUUUUAUGUCUUAAAUUUUAAGAUAAGUUCUGUUUUCUCAUUUUGUUAUAAAUUUCUAGUUUCAGUAAGUUGUUAAUCAGAGAGUGUAGGAAGUCUCUUUUGUUGUUGUUUUGAAGUUUUAAGAAUCAAUCCUCUGGGGUUGGGGAUUUAGCUCAGUGGUAGAGCGCUUACCUAGGAAGCGCAAGGCCCUGGGUUCGGUCCCCAGCUCCGGAAAAAAAAAGAAAAGGAAAAAAAAAAAAGAAUCAAUCCUCUGGUUUGGUUUGGUUUGGUGGGUUUUUGUUUGGUAGGAUGGUUGGGUUUUGGUUUUUUGAGACAGGGCUUUCUCUGUCUGUCCUAGAAAUGACUUUGUAGGGCUGGAGAGAUGGCUCAGCGGUUAAGAGCACCCGACUGCUCUUCCAGAGGUCAUGAGUUCAAUUCCCAGCAACCACAUGGUGGCUCACAACCAUCUGUAAAGAGAUCCGAUGCCCUCUUCUGGUGUAUCUGAAGACAGCUACAGUGUACUUAUAUAUAAUAAAUAAAUAAAUCUUUAAAAAAAGAAAUGACUUUGUAGACGGGACUGGCCUUAAACUCACAGACACACCUGACUCUCCCCCCACACACCCCCACCAGCGCUAGGAUCACAGGUGUGCGCCAUCACAGUCCCGCUGUGUUUAUCUUAUAUCCAAUAAUUUCUGCUUUCUAAAUGUUAUGGUUAUUGAUUAAUGUGGCUUUCUUUUUAUAUCUUUUGGGCAAGUUUGACAUUCUUUUAUGAUUAAAGGAUUACAAUGCAAGCAAGAAGUUAGAAAAAGAUUUUUUUUUAAAUGAGUAUGAAUGUUUUACCUCCAAGAAUGUCUAUGCAUAAUGUGCAUGGCUGGUACGCAGAGGGCCAGAAGAAGGCAUCAGAUUCCAUGGUACUAGAUUUCUGGUAGCCACCACGUGGCUGCUGGAAAUUGAACCGGGCUCCUCUGGAAGAGGAGUUAGCUUUCCUAACUGCUGAGCCAUCUCUCCAGCCCCAUAGGUACAUCCUGAUAUGUUAUACAGCGCUUUUACUCUAUAGGUCAGCGGUGCUUGUUUUGUUUCGCUCGUUGUUUUUUCUGUUUAAUAGAUGAACUAAGCCAGAUAAAUAAGGUCUUGACUUAGCAGAUUGUGUCAUUCUCCACCCCUAUCCCCCACUGCUUUUUCGAUUUUUAAAGGGUGUGCAUUUUGUGGUUUGUUUGUUUGGGGUUUUUGUUUAUUUUUGAAACAGGGUUUUACGUAACUCUCAUGUCCAAUCUUCAGGUGCUAUAAUUAAUGAGAGGGCAAAGUGCUCUUAAAGUGGUAGUUGCAAUACUAGAAAGGCCAUUUCCUCCUCCUUCUUCCUUCUGUGUGUGUGUGUGUGUUUUUUUUUUUUUUUUAAUUUGUUGUUAUUUGUUUUUGAGAUAGGGAAUGGAUUUUUACCAUUUUGCCUGGCUGGCUUGGAACUUGCUAAGUUUCCCUUGAACUCACAAAAAUCUCCCUUCCUCUGUCUCCUUCUACCGUGUGGGUCCUGGAGAUAGAACUCAGGUCAUUGGGCUUGGCGGUAAGCACCUCUGCCUGCUUGGCCAUCUCACCAGCCCUAUUCCUUGAGUCCUAGAUCCUGCCCUAGUUUCAUUAAGAUCUUUUUAGUGGGUCCCGGUAGUGCAUGCCUUUAGUCCUAGCACUGUGGAGGCAGGACAGGCAGAGCCACAUAGGGAGUUCCAGGCCAGCCAAGGCUACAUGGUGCGAUCCUAUCUCACAGAAAAACAACAAAAAUUCAACAAUGAGAAGACAGAGAGAAAAUUAAUAUAGUUUUCCCCCUAAGGACUUUGCUGUUUUAAAGUAAUUUUCGGGCUGGAGACAUGGCUCAGUGGUUAAGAGCACUGACUGCUCUUCCAGAGGACCUGAGCGUUCAAUUCCCAGCAACCACAUGGUGGCUCACAAUCAUCUGUAAUGGGAUCCGAUGCCCUCUUCUGGUGUAUCUGAAGACAGCUAGUGUGUACUCAAAUAAAUAAAAAAUAAAAAAAUAAAAUAAAUAAAUUUUCACCGAUUUCGUCAUAUGCUUUGCCAUUUUUCAGGUAUGAUGCACCGCUUUGCUUCUUGUAUUUUUUGUGUGAAGGCAGAGUCUCACUGUAUAGUAUGGCUCAAGUUGGUUUCAAACUUUCCAUCCUCCUGCCUCCACCUUUCAGGUGUCAAGUGCCAGGAUUAUAAGAUGUGCCUCUUCUGUUUUUAUGUACUGUCUCUGUGUGGAUGCUUACUUUCUGUCUGUAGCUUAACUUUGAAUGAGAUGUAUUCUCUGAAGCUCCUGGUAGAAGACGGUAGGAGGGUCAUUAGUUGUACUUUAGUAGCAAGAUAAUUUCCUGGCUUUCUCUGCUUGAGGACUCCAUCCAGAAGAGUGGGUAGCCUCACCCCGUCUCCCCUGCUUUCCAGUACUUUCAGUGAUGUAAGUGCUGACUCCAUUGGGGGUGCCUCUGCUUUGCCAUUAGUUUAUAGCUUUCCUGCACAGUUCAGAUUAAGAAAUUACAGAGCAAUCAUAACUGGAUCAUUUGUAGAAAGGUAGUCUUUCUGGGACUAUCUAAGCUACUCUCGAUAUACCCUGAUGACAUGUUUAUACAUCCUUUCUCUUUUUCUAUCUGAGAGUCCCCUACUCCAUUUCAGUUCCAGACGUGACUUUUAAGAUAGGACACUUCCUUUUUGAAAGUGAAAUGUGAUGUUUCCCCAUAGAUUUCCUUAUACUUAUUGACAUUCUCCAGCGUUCAGAUAUGAGUUCUUGUAUAGAUUUUGCAAGCCUGAAUAAUCAGGGCCAUAUUUACUUACAAUGUGGCAUUUUCUGGGGGGUGGGGGGGAGGUUAAUUGCUCAAUCUUAGUACUUUUCUUGUUGAUAUGUAUAGUAUCUUGGAAAAAGAUGAAGAAAUUGGGACUAAAUUGCUGUUUUGUUUCUACCAAAACUUAAAAGGUUAGCUUUCAAAAUUAAUAAAGGAUUUCUAAAUAACCCAUUGGUCAAAGAAGUCACAAAGGAAAUUUGAAUUUUGAACAAAACGGUAGUUAAUAAUAUAUAUCAAAACGGGUAUGAUUGAUUUAAGCAAUGCUUAGAAAAAUUUAAAACUUUAAUGACCCACUAGAACAGAAGAGAAGCAUCAGUAACCUGAGCAUUUAUCUAAAACUGUUAGAAAAUUAAACGCAAAGAGACUAGAAGGAAAUAAGAAAUAAAAACAGGAGAUAAUGAACUAAAACGGAAAUUUAGUCAGUAGGGAGGCAUCACGGGUUCUUAAGAAAGGUAGUGACAUGAUCGUGUUUGUUUUCCAGAAAGAGACCUCUGGCAGCAGUUUGGAGAAUAGAUAGAGGAAAAAGGCUAAUCUGAGAAGCCAGUAAGGGCUUCUCAAUCACUAGUUCAGAUGAAUAAUUAGAAGCUCAGAGGACUGGAAGUGAAGUUUCUGCCACUGCCUUUUACAAAGCACAGCCUGUCAUUCAGUUCAUGUGUGAAGUUCUUGACAUUCACAACAUCGAUGAGCAACCCAGACCCCUGACCGAUUCUCAUCGGGUAAAAUUCACUAAGGAGAUAAAAGGUCUGAAGGUUGAAGUGACUCAUUGUGGAACAAUGAGACGGAAAUACCGUGUCUGUAAUGUAACAAGAAGGCCUGCCAGCCACCAAACAUUUCCUUUACAGCUAGAAAAUGGCCAAACUGUGGAGAGAACUGUAGCUCAGUAUUUCCGAGAAAAGUACACACUUCAGCUGAAGUACCCACACCUUCCCUGUCUGCAAGUGGGGCAGGAGCAGAAGCAUACAUACCUGCCACUAGAAGUCUGUAAUAUUGUGGCUGGACAGAGGUGUAUCAAGAAACUAACAGACAAUCAGACUUCUACUAUGAUUAAGGCAACAGCAAGAUCUGCACCAGAUAGACAAGAGGAAAUUAGCAGAUUGGUAAGAAGUGCAAAUUAUGAAACAGAUCCAUUUGUUCAGGAGUUUCAGUUUAAAGUGCGGGAUGAGAUGGCCCAUGUGACCGGUCGAGUACUGCCAGCACCUAUGCUCCAGUAUGGAGGACGGAACCGGACAGUAGCAACACCAAGCCACGGAGUAUGGGACAUGAGAGGAAAACAGUUCCACACAGGAGUUGAAAUCAAAAUGUGGGCUAUCGCUUGCUUUGCCACACAGAGGCAGUGCAGAGAAGAAAUACUGAAAGGAUUCACAGACCAGCUUCGGAAGAUCUCCAAGGAUGCAGGGAUGCCCAUCCAGGGUCAGCCAUGUUUCUGCAAAUACGCACAGGGGGCAGACAGCGUGGAGCCCAUGUUCCGGCAUCUCAAGAAUACCUACUCAGGACUGCAGCUCAUUAUCGUCAUCCUGCCUGGGAAGACGCCGGUAUAUGCGGAGGUGAAGCGUGUAGGAGACACACUUUUGGGUAUGGCCACACAGUGUGUGCAAGUCAAGAAUGUAAUAAAAACAUCUCCUCAAACUCUUUCAAACUUGUGCCUAAAGAUCAAUGUUAAACUUGGAGGAAUCAAUAAUAUUCUUGUACCUCAUCAAAGACCUUCUGUGUUCCAGCAACCAGUGAUCUUCCUGGGCGCAGAUGUCACACACCCGCCUGCUGGUGACGGGAAGAAGCCUUCCAUUGCUGCUGUUGUAGGCAGUAUGGAUGCCCAUCCAAGCAGAUACUGUGCCACAGUGAGAGUUCAGAGACCCCGACAGGAAAUCAUCCAGGACUUGGCCUCCAUGGUCCGGGAACUGCUCAUCCAAUUUUACAAGUCAACCCGAUUCAAACCUACUCGGAUCAUCUUUUAUCGGGAUGGUGUUUCCGAAGGACAGUUUAGACAGGUAUUAUAUUAUGAGCUCCUGGCAAUUCGAGAAGCCUGUAUCAGUUUGGAAAAAGACUAUCAACCUGGAAUAACCUACAUUGUCGUUCAGAAGAGACAUCAUACGCGAUUGUUCUGUGCUGAUAGAACAGAAAGGGUGGGAAGAAGCGGCAACAUCCCAGCUGGAACCACAGUGGAUACAGACAUCACUCACCCGUAUGAAUUCGACUUUUAUCUCUGCAGCCAUGCUGGAAUACAGGGAACCAGCCGUCCUUCUCACUAUCACGUUCUGUGGGAUGACAACUGCUUCACUGCGGAUGAACUGCAGCUGCUGACCUACCAGCUCUGCCACACCUACGUGCGCUGUACCAGGUCCGUGUCGAUCCCUGCACCAGCGUACUAUGCUCACCUGGUGGCGUUCAGAGCCAGGUACCAUCUGGUGGACAAGGAGCAUGACAGUGCUGAAGGAAGCCAUGUGUCAGGACAGAGCAAUGGACGAGAUCCACAAGCUCUUGCCAAGGCUGUCCAGAUUCACCAAGAUACCUUACGCACAAUGUACUUCGCUUAGCAAGUCCAAGUGAUCUCCGAGAGGAAGAGCUGGAGCUCGUAUGUUUCCAGUGGACUCAGUUCACUGGGGAGGCCUCCAGCCGCACAGAAGCCAAUACUAUGUAGGGGUCUGGACCUUACGUUGAUCCGAGGAAAAAUGUUUACUCUGUCAAAGAACACAGCACUGUUGUAUACCAGGGAGCCAGCCCGCUGCUUUUUUGCAGUGUCCUGUAGAAGAAGCAUCACGGUUGUUCGUUCUCACUUCUUACAGUCUAACCCCAUUAAUACCUUUACCUCAAGUUGCUUAGCGGCACAACCGUCUCUGCAAAAAAAGUAAAGAAAAAGUAAAUGAUGGUUUAAAAACACACACUUACACAAAUAAUGAUUGCUCACUUACAUGCAAAAAAAAGCAAUGUGCAUCUAUUCUUGUAAAGGAGUGUGUAUUUUCAUCACCCACACGUUACUUCAUGUGCGUAUGUAUCUAGAUCACGGAUAUGUACCUGUGUGUGUUCUAUCAUUCAUUCCCCUGGGGAACUGUCUUUCCUUGUGUCCUUCAGCAUCUGUUCUUUUGUCCCUGUAGCUACAAAUGACAUUCGUAUGUUCAUGCAUAUGGCUCGUUUGAAGGAAGGCUUGGCAAACUAGACCUCUGGUUUUAUGUACCCUCCUCCUAGCUCCUGUCUCACACCCAGGAGUCCUCCACUCCCGACACCAUGUUUGUGAGCGUCUGCUCCUUCCUGCUCUGGACUUAGCCCCAUGCGCACUGUGUUCAGCAUAGUGGUGACCCAGGGUUCUUCCUGUAGUGAGUUUGUAAAGCCACUGCACAUACGAAAUCUUGUCAGACCUUUCUGACCAGAGCAAAUGUUCCAAAGCCUUCUGUUGUAUGAGUUAUACCUGGAAAUCCCUUCAAGCUUUUAUAAAGGGAAAGAUUUUAGAAAUCUGAAACUCUGUAGGAUGGAAAAAGGAAGGAAUUGGGGUUGUUUUUGUUUUGUUUUUGCUAGUUUACUUACUGCCCUCAAACCUUAAUGUGAUUUCAUUCAUAUAUAUAUGUAUGUAUGUAUGUAUACACAUAAUAUAUGUUGAAGUAUAGCUCCCUUUGCCUUUAUAUUCAUUAGAAUAGUGCUUUAAUAAUUAUAAACUGUAUUGGCUACACUUUUUAUAGAACUAGAAUCAUAUUUAAGAACUGAGACAGUUUUUGCUCUCUUUUAGUGCAAUAAGCAGUUUUACAGGAAAGUCGUGUCUGUCGUCCUCACCAUGGCUAGCAGGAAGAACAGACAUCUGUCAUUUAAAGGGGGCAAAGUAAUACAGCCUUAAUUUCAGAAGGAGAGUUUCCUUAGUUUCAUAAAUUCAGUUUUAAAGCAAUUCCUUAAAACAGUUGUAGCCAAAGGAGUUAAACCCAUUAAAGGAGCCUCAGAUAAGAGAUCAGAGACGUAGUUGAACCUCCGUGUUUAAAAAUAACAGUGAACAGCUUAAGAUUUAAAUAUUUUUAAAUUAUCUGAAAAUAUAUCUUACUUGUUGAACUGUGCUUCUUUGACUAAAAGGAGUCAAAUACUGGAUGGUUUUUUUCUAUCUUUUUACCAGUGUAACUUUCUCUUUAAAAGUAAGAUGGCAAUGAUGAAGGAAAUUAAUACUUUGAUCAUUUAAAAUUAGUAAAUUUCUAAAAUACAGUGAAAACUCUUUAAAAACUUAGUUUUCUUCACUUCUUUAAUCAGUAACUUUAGUCACUAACUUUAAGCUAUCAAAGCUUAGUUUCUCCGUAACGUCAGGUUCGGGAACUCUGCAGUUUGUAACUCAUGACAAUUGUGUGUGAAUCUUCUCUGUUCUUGUCCCCACACCGGCUCUGCGGACAAGCACUACAGAUGUUUGUGGUGGGCGCUGUCAGCCUCUCAGAACUCCAUCUGCCAUGAGCAGGCACGUAUUUAGGUCUUCGUUUGCUCUCUUACUGUUAGUCCACGUUUAUGCCAAUUUACUGUAUUUUGAAUCUAAAAUCUGAGCCCAUGUCCUACAGGCAUGAAUUCUUCUGUCCCUUUGCCAGAACACUAAAGAAAGUACUGUAUUUUAUAUGUUCGUUGCUUUGAAGUAACUAAAAUGCAAUUCUCAAUACUGUUUCAAAGCACUUUACAAAGGAUAUUUAUGUACUUUAUACAGUUUUUUUCCUUCCAAAAUAUUCCCAUCUCAACCCUAGCAAAAGAAAUCUCCUUCUAACAUAUUUCGGGUUGGUUUGUUUGCUUGUUUGCUUUGGAGACAAAGUCUCUCUCUAUUGUCCAUGCUGGCCCCCAACCCUGGGCUCCAGAAGUAUUCUCAACCUCCCUGGUAGUUAGGACCACUGCGCUCCUAUCAUCAUGCCUGGCUGUUGGGGAACAUGGCCAAGAGAAUAGAAUGGGAUAGCCUCCCUAUCAAAAGUCUGACUGGAUUGUGUUUGCUUAGUAUAACUAGAACACCUUCUUUGGCCCCUGCACAUGUUCACGUGAGGAGCUUUGGGGAGUGGCAUGGGCACCCUGUUCCUUUCCUGACCUUUGAUCUCACACAUGCCAGAGUGAAACCCUUACUUUAGCUCUUAUUUGAAAGGAUUUUUUUAAAGAAGAAUUUUUUUUUCUAAAAUAAGGUUCUAUCUUUUAAAUGGCUCCUUUUUUAGAAUGCAUUUACAUUAUUGUCUUGCUAGUUUAAGAUAAUUAACUAUACAUAAAGACUAUGUAUAGUGUGUUUCUAUUUUGCCUACUAAUAAAUUGGUAUACCAAGCAAUGCCAACAAAGUUUGUGCUUAGGAUUUUAAGAUAAAAAGGCCUAUAGAAAUACUUCUUGAAAUUUAUACUAUUUUUCCAUUUCUGGGUAGAACUCCUAAUCUCUUUCCUAAGUUCCUUUCAGUUUAAACAUCAUGAAGCCAUAGUAAUGUUUCUCUUCUGCCGCAUUCUUGCUCCCAGCUGAUGGAUGUUGUCGGGGUUUGUUUUCUUUGUUUGUUUGUUUUUUUAUAAAAGGCAUGGCUUAGAAGAGUGACUGAAACGUCAAUCUGAGCAACUUGUAGAAAUUGAUUCUCAUGUGAAGAGUUGCGAGUUUAGUGUAUAUUCUUGAUGGCAAAUGUGUGUGUAGAGUGUGCGUGUUACAUGUCUGUAUUCCGGUAUCUAAGCCCUGGCACUGAGACCGUAUAUUAAUAAUUCUGUGGCUGCUAUAUUUAUUAAUGCAGGUCUGACAUUUACUGCACUAAACAGUAAGGAGAUAAGCAAGAUGCCAGGCUAGUGUCAGACACUUUUUGUUUCUCAGAUAAGUCUAGGGACAUAAAAUAUGAAGGUAACAAAUAACAAGUACUUGAAACGGUGCUGAUUCCAGUUCAGUGACAGAACGCCUUUGCUUUAGAAACGUAGUUUUCUUUUACAUUGAUAGUCCACGUGAGGGCACUAAAGUCUUCUCGGUUCUGGGUUCUGGCACAUUUCCACAGAAAUAUGGAAACCUUUUGUUUUAUUAAUAAUUAUUUUUUAACACGUUUUCCAGGAAAAAUAGUCUGGAAAUACAUAGUAAAUGACCUAUUAGUUUAUUUUUGUUCCUAAAGAGAAUCUAGAAGGGACCCCAGUAAGAACGUUCUGUGUGUUUGGGAAGGCAUUUGGUUGAAGACACUCCUCACCUUCAAAAAACCCAAGGACUUGUCCAAGCCAGGCCCUCUCUGGUUCCCAUAGCCCAGUAGUGACUUUCACAGUAUCUUGUGGAACUUAGGGUGGCGAGCUUGAUGUGUGUCUUGGAAUAAGAAACCAGCUGCUCUUGAGUAAGAAUAGCUUCCAGAUCUCAGUAACAGGCAGCGUGAGCACUUGGAGAGCAGCCAUAGAAGCGAAGCCCAGGGAGAUGAAUAUCAUAACACGUGGUGGGGCUUUUCACUUGCUUAAUUCUCAAGAAAAUCAAGGGCCUCGACACUUUGGGCAUUGGGAGAAUAGUUCCCUUUCUCUUUCAAACCUUCAUAGUAAUGUUUCUCCAAGAGGUUUAACUGACCUCUCUGCAUAAUUUUCACUGGCUGUCAUUAAACUGAGUUCUAUGUUCAAUUAAGCUGAGUAUAAGGUGCAACCCCAACCCUCAGGAGCAUCAGGAAUUCAAAGCCAGCCUCAGCAACAGGAGGCCAUGGCUAAAACACAGACGUCCUGUGUUCCUCCUCCCUAGGCACUCAGCGGUUCCGUGUAGCUUACCCGUCCCUUUCAAGUUGUGUGGGUUCCUCAAAGACGGACAGGAUACAUAGGAAUACUGUGUCCCCAACUGCCAAACCCCCUGCUCCCAAAAAAAAGAAAAACACCAGACAAAUCAGAAAGAGAAUCGUCUCCAAAACAUAUUGGCAACAUUGAAUGUGAUGCUGUGAUUAAUUAGACCCAGGCGAUAGCGAUUAGAUAGCGAUAAAUAAAAUACAUCGCGAGAGAAAAAGGAUUAUAAUAACAGCACAUUUUAUGUUUCUAAUUCUCCCUGUAAGUCUGCAACUUUAAAAUGAAUAAAGGCUUCUGUUGAUAUUAUCCAUGGCCAGAUGAAAUUUACCUCACCCCUCCAAAGGAGUGCCUAGAGUUUUCUUCAGAAUCUUUUGUUCUCAAAGCACAGAAGUUAACGACAUUAGCUUGAAUAAAAGGAUGGUGAACCUCAGUGUGGUGGGUUCAAUUCCCGGUAGAAGACCAUGUUAAAGUUAUAGGUAGCGAACUGAUGACAAAUUAGGAUCUUCUCGAGUCACCCAGCCAGCCAGUGGGCCCCCUUCCUUGUUUGAAAUCUAUGUCUAAGGUCACCAGAAUCUGCUACUGUUUUCCAUUAGAGUCUCAGUAAAGAGGUUUUCCAGGUAGACACUGGGUUUUAAGUCGUUUUUUAAAGCAAAGUGGUUCUUAGAAAGUGCCUUUUCUGAAGAUGGUGCUGUAGAUUUUUACUUUUCAAACAACGUAAAGCUAAAAAUUUUUAUGAUAAUUUAGAAUACCAAGAGUAUGCCAGUUUCAUAUAAAUAGUGUCGUUUGUCCUGAAUUUGGUCAGGAGAACCAAGGGACUUGUGUGUAGUAACAUGUCUCUCAGUUAAUGCUCACCAAAUCGAUUUUGUAAAUUUGAAAAUAUAAUUUUUAAUUCUCAGUUAUGUUUAAAGUGUUUAUAAUAUACAUAAGAUAGGAGAUAUAGUAGUAAGCACCCCGUGGCAAAGGUACCAUGGCAGGAACUGUAUUAUGAGGAGCUUUUCCGUUUUCAGCACGUUACCUCCUGACCUAACCUUUCCUUCUGACUCAACGUUAAGGACAGUACAUACAAGGGAAGAGCUGCGUCACUGAGACCAGUUCAAGAGAGCAAGCAACAUGAGAGCUCAGUCCUUAGGGAACUGUUGGGUUUUAGACAGUAAUGACUAUUUUACAUGAUUCCUGCUUUUUUAGGUCAGAAGGACUGUAGAAAAUGACAGGAAGAGGGCAUGGUCAAUUAUUUUUCAAUAGAUCAUAGUCUGAGGAUAUAUAACUACUCACUGGAAGGGUACUUAGCGAAUACAAAGCCCCGAUUUCGCCCCUAGCCCUAGGGAGGAAAACGUGUAAAUGUGGGCUGUGAGAAUAAGCAAAGUGAGACCAUUUAAGCCCACUAGGAACUCAGUCAUCUGUUGGGAAGCUAGCAGCCUUUUCUUACAACUAAAUGGUCAAUUAACCAAUUCCUCUUGUGAAUUUAGUGACCAUUCCUCCAGACAAUAACUAUGCUAAAAACACACAGAAACCACCACCCCUCAGUAACCUUGUCUGCAGCGUAAUGUAAGAAUGUCAGUAAAAUUACACUGGUUAUCUGGGGUGAGCUGUGUCUGUUCGCACAUUAAACUUUUUCAUUUUUAUAAGGUCUUAAUAGAAAUUAUUAGCUUAUUUUUAAGAUUAAUUUUUCUAUAGUGAUGUUCAUAUUUAUUGGCAAUUCGUGUGCAACUUUUGCAUUUUGCCCAGAUGUUAGAUUUAAGGUAUUUUAUUUUUAUAAAUAUAUCUAGCUUUUCUCUUUCUUUGUGAUAUUAGCAGAAAUUGAGAUAGUGUUAAUAUAUCAGCCAAACUACUAAUUCUAUAGAGUUUGGAUUUUUACCAAUAAACCGUUAACCCGAUUUUCUACUUUAGAAUAUUUAGUACUUUAUAUAAUGGGCAUUAAAGACAGUCCCUAGGUGGGUUUCUACAUGUGGAUAGGAGGGAGGGCCUCUGUAAGCUAGGUUCAUUUUCCUCCUCCAUUUGAUAGCAAACAAACAUUAACAAAUUGGCUUUAUUUUACCUGAUUCCAUCUUGGAGGAUGUUGUCAAAUAAAUGAUCUUUGGUUUCUUUUGUUAGCUUGAGGCACAUUGCUCAAGAUUGUGAUUCAUGGGGUUGGGGAUUUAGCUCAGUGGUAGAGCGCUUGCCUAGCAAGCGCAAGGCCCUGGGUUCGGUCCCAAGCUCCAAAAAAAAAAAAAAAAAAAAAAGAUUGUGAUUCAUUUUUAUAGUCGGGAAGACAAAUAGAAAAGGAUAUACAAGUUAUUGAUAAUUGAUUCCCAAGUGAGAUUUUCCUUCCAUAAUUAUUUGGAAGAUUUGCUACCCUGAACUCCCCUAGAAGAGUUUCAAAGUUGGUUCAACCCUGAGUAUUGGUGAAGAAAAAAGAGUGUAGGUGUCUGGGAAGAACAAAGACAGAAUGAUAAAAGCAUUUCAUCUGAUUAAAAUUGACCUCAGAAGGCCCGAAGUGCAUGGCUUUAAUAGCAGUACUCAAGCAGAGGCAGGCUGACCUCUGCAAAUUCCAGGCCAGCCUCGGCUACUUAGUGAGGUCCAGGUCAUCCAGGGCCUCAUAGUGAGAGCUUAUCACCAAGUAUACAAAAGUUAAGUAGUAACAUGAACUAAUUGAAAAGCAAUAAAAGUGUGAUUAUAGAAUAUUAAUUUCAAGGAUAUAAAAUCACUGAAGUUUUUUUAGUAGUUCAAUCUCCCUUUAUAUUGGCACAUUAAUUCCUUUAAGUAUAUGAAAAAGAUAUAUUAUUCCCUAAAGAAGAUAAAAUCUGUCCAUUAUAUUUCUACACUCCUACUUUGCUUGCUAAGGAAUUCUUCUUUCCUGUGAGAAAUGAAAAGAGAAACUCUAUCCUUUCUUGAAUUUUUAAAUGUCAAAUCGUUGGGGCUCCAUGCACUUCACUUCCCUCGCUGUACUCCUUUCUCCACUGAGAGGGGGGAAUUGGGAAGGUUUUAGGGACUUGCAAACCAGAAGAUAUUUUUUAGAGUAAGUAAAAAGGCACUGUGAAAUGAGUCAGCGUGUGAUCCCAUGUAGACGUUAGCUAAGUCAUUUCUCUCUGCAUUCUUCUAGUUACAUCCCUUGCUUUCUAACCUACCUUCUGCGCUCACGCCCUCCUUCACCCGCCAAGUGCUCACUGAAUGUCAGUGCACUGAUCGGACAAGCUCGUUAGCCAUUCAGGAGAGUCUGUUUCAAGUAGCUCUUUUCUUCCCCCUGCAAGUAUAGCUAGGUCCCCUUAAUCACUGUAUCUUCCAUUUUAUUGUAUGUCUCCAUUAUUCUAGGUAGAUGGGCACAUCACUCUUUUACACUAAUGUGUUUGACGCUGUCUGAAAUCCAGUUUCUUUUCUGAAAGCUUUUGGGUUCCUGAGCUUCCAUGGGAGGCUCCACACACCCAGACACCCAACUGGCCUCUGUGCCACAUCAGCGAUGAAAUUGCAUCUGGCUUGUUUAAGUUCAUAGCGUACCUCUUCAGGACCAAGUAUCUGUGCAGGGAGGUGUAGGCCAUACCUUCAAUAACAGUCCUGUGAGUAAAAGAGAUGUGCACAUUGCCCAGAAGACCUCCCUGUAUGUUUUACUCUUCCGUGUGCACAUCUGUAUCAGAGGCUGUGUCAGUGGCUGGGAGUGAAGCUCAUGCAGAAGAAGCCUUGCAUGGUUGAAGCCCUGAGUUCAGUCCCUAGUGCCUCACAAACUGGGCUUGGCGGUGUACAUUCCUGUAACCAAGCCCAGCUUUGAUUACGUACUGAGUUGGAGGCCAUCCUAGGAAACUUGUACCUGCUGCAUCAGACACUUACUAAGGAAAUCAGUCUGCUACUUCAUGCCCAAAGUUUUCAGCUUCAUGACUUUUGUUUGGGGGUGAGGGGGGGACAAGCAAAACUUCCUGGACUUGGCCAUUUGAUAAUCUUCAGCUCAAAGAAGGAAUGGUUCCAAUCUGUUGUGUAUGUGACUCUACCUUUAUUAAAGGAGGGAUUUAUAAAGACAUUGACCAGUGAGGCUGUGAGAGCAGGCAGGAAAGGGAAAUGGGGAGAUAGAUUCUUUGCUGGGAUCCUAGAAACCCUGGAUUAGCAUUUUCUGUGUUCACAGUUAAAGGAGCAUUUGUUGGCUGUUUAGCACAGCUGUCAAGGAAAGGUUUAUCAUGGAGAUGUGUAUUAGAGCCGUGCUUCCUUGACAGAUUUACAUCUUAAAAGUCACCUCUGCAUUAUAGUGAGGAGGUCACAUGAAGUUGUUAGCCUUAAGUAGAAGCCUGGCAGACUGUAGCGUACUGGUGGGUCUCUCCUUAGAAAACCCCAAUCUGGGCCUUGUCAGACUUGCCUGUGCAGACUCGGGGGGAACCCUGGUGGGUUAAAAAGAAGGAAGAAUCUUGGUGUAAAGGGUUCCACCCGGUUACUACAUCCAGUUUGGUCCCCAGGAGUUAGUAAGAGGAAGUUUUGGUUUUCAUAGCGGUACACUAGAUCUCUGGUGAUGACUCAGUGCAAACACCUCUCCUUUCAGUCAGGGAAUGAUUCCUUGUUGGUGAGAUGAGGGCCUUGCAAGCCCACGUGUGUACUUAAGUAUAGGCUAGGGGUGUACUUCAAGUGGUAAAGCACACGCUUUGCAAGCACAAACUUGCACCGCCCCCCCCCCCCCCCCCCCAUGAAACAACCACCUAGUAGAGCGAGCAGGAACUCCAGGACUCUUUUGUCUGAAACUUUCCCAGGUGCCUUUUUAGCCCAGGGCACCAUUUUUUCUUUUCUUUAAACAAAAAGGUUUCCGGGCAGUUUACAGUCACUCUACUGUGGGUGAAUAUAGUCUUUAGAAUAGUUGGGGAAGAAGGGCGUUUGCCGGACGUUCCUGCUGGAUGAGAAGACUAUUUUUAGCCAGGUACACACCUUUAAUCAAAACACACCGGGAGUCAGGGCAGUCUCUGACUUUGAGAACAGCCUAGUCUACAUUACAAGCUCCAGACCAAGAAAAAAAGUUUCUGACUUAUUUUAGUACAUGGCUUCAUAAGUAUAUUUUUUUUAAAAAUCGGUUGAAUGGAUUAAUACUUAGACAACUUCUAGUUUACAUAUUUCUUGCUUUCUUAAACUAUCUAUUCUUCUUACAUAUUUAACUAAAGUUGUUAUAUAAAUAUAUUUAUCACAUCUGACUUACUGGUAUGUAAAAAAAUAUUAUACAAAAAUCCCUUUUUAGGGCCAAGAGAGAGAUGUUCAACUGUUAAGAGCACUUACUGUUCGGUCAGAACCAGAAUUCAGUUCCCAGCACCCACAUUGGCAGCUCACUAAUGCCCCAGGGGUGCUAGGGUAGGGGGGGAUAGGGUCUGAUGCCCCCUCCUGGCCUCAGUGGGCACAUAUAAAAGUAAAAUAACAUAAACGUAUAUGCACCAGGCAUGCUGGUCAUACAUUUGAGUUUCUGGUCAGCCUGGGCAAUAUAAGACCCUGUCUUCUAGAAAAAUAAAAAAUGUGGGACUGGAGAGAUGGCUCAGUGGUUAAGAGCACUGGUUGCUCUUCCAGAGGUUCUGAGUUCAAUUCCUGGUGGCUCACAACCAUCUGUAAUGGAAUCCGAUGCCCUCUUCUGGUGUGUCUGAAAACAACUGCAUAAUACUCAUAUAAAUAAAAUAAAUCUUUAAAAAAAAAAUCUCUACUCAGGCCUGAGGUGUAACCAAUGUGGCUUUAAAAGAACACAACUGGGGGUUGGGGAUUUAGCUCAGUGGUAGAGCGCUUGCCUAGCAAGCGCAAGGCCCUGGGUUCGGUCCCCAGCUCCGAAAAAAAGAAAAGAAAAAAAAAAAGAACACAACUGAAAGAGGACUAUUAAGAAAUUAGUUAAGGGGGGCUGGGGAUUUAGCUCAGUGGUAGAGCGCUUACCUAGGAAGCGCAAGGCCCUGGGUUCGGUCCCCAGCUCCGAAAAAAAGAACCAAAAAAAAAAAAAAAAAAAAAAAAAGAAAUUAGUUAAGGGCUGGAGAGAUGCCUCAGCAGUUAAGAACACUGACUUCUCUUCCAGAGGUCCUGAGUUCAAUUCCCAGCAACCACAUGGUAGCUCACAGCCAUCUGUAAUGAGAUCUGAUGCCCUCUUCUGGUGUGUCUGAAGAAUACUUAUAUGUAAUAAAUCUUUAAAAAAGAAAUUAGUUAUACCUUUGAGAGUAGAAAGGUCUGUAAGGCAUAUGCCAGAGACUUGGUGAUGCUCACACAGGCUGUGCCAUUCAUCUGUUCUAUGACCUCUGGCAUUUUCUUCCCACUCUCCGCCUGUCUCCCUGUAGUGAUGGUACCUGCCCUCACCUACCUCACCAAGUCCCCCUGUGAAUCGGUUUGUUUGUGAAUAACACUUGACUUCCCCAAAGGAAGAGCUAUUCAGAAGUUCAGAGUGGUAGGGAAGGUUCUGAGGGCUCCUUUCCAAUUGGCCUCUGUGAAAGUGUCUUUGUUACGGCAGACUGUUUUCAUGGGCCACGCAUGAGAACCAUGGAGGCAUCAUGAUGUGGUGUGUCCCCACUCUUCCCCACCAGAGGUCAGCGUACGGGCACACUUUUUUCUUUGUAAUAACCGCUGGCAAAAAUGUAAGUUUUGAAAACUAAAUUCCUUUCAGUGGUGCUAAAGUAGUUGCAGCUACACUUUGAGUUAGUGGGGAGGCCAUCAGGCUCCCAGAUUUUAACCUGCCCUGUUGUCUCCAGGUGCCUGUGUUUCCUGUCCACCUCAGCUGCUGUUCUGCCGGGCCUUACCCGCUGCUUCUUGGCAGACAUUCGGUCCCUUUCCCUUGGAGAGGUGGGUAGGCUCUAAGAGCAAAGUGUCCAGACUUCGCUCGUCAUUUACAGAAUUGAACUUGGCUUUACUUUAAAAACUCCAAUUAUGAUUUAUCAGUAAAAGUUAAAACAUAAGCCAGACUCCUGUAGUCCCAGCAUGCAGGAGGCUGCAGCAGACGGAGCACAAGGUUGGAGCAAGGCUACUUAGUGAGAUCCUCUCUCAGAAGUCAGAGACUGGCUGCAGGUGAUAGUGGAUGUAUGUAAGUGCAGGCAGGGCCUUACAUUUCAAUAGAAAAUCCAUUUUCCUGUAAGGUAGAACCCCUGUUUCUAGGAAGGGCAUAUCACCACAAGUAUAAACAAUUCCUUUUAUAACAGACGAGUUCGUUGCUUUUGUUUUUAUUUUUAAAGAAAAAUGAAUGUAGGUUAAGUAUACAGGGUAUGGAUAAAUUCAAUGUUUGUUCUCUCUACUAAUGGUGACCUCCCAUUCUUGCAAGCAUUUGGGCCUUUCCAACUCCUUGCUAACAAAUACGAUAUCUGUUGUUAGUUUAAUGGAACAAUUAGAAUUACAAGGUAAGAAGUUGAGGAACUUUAUGCUUAAAAAAAAAAAAAAAAAGCCCGAAGUGUGGUGACUCACAUUUGUAGUCCCAACACUUGAAGGCAGGACGGGAGGAUCAUCCAGGCCAGUCACAGCUAUGGAACAAGACCUGUCUCAAAAGAAAGGCAUCGUGGGGCUGGGGAUUUAGCUCAGUGGUAGAGCGCUUACCUAGGAAGCGCAAGGCCCUGGGUUCGGUCCCCAGCUCCGAAAAAAAGAACCAAAAAAAAAAAAAAAAGAAAGAAAGGCAGCGUGCAUGCGCAGUGCAAUAGCUGACACGGAUUAUCAGAACACUGUUAACGGUUUUACUGUAGUGUGCAGCUUGAAUGUCUCUCUCCGUUAUGGACCCAUGAAAGUAUUACUGUAUCUUCUAAGUAUCAUUUUGUGAAUUAAUAUGUGGGUGCAUUUGUAGGCUGUGGAAAACAGUGCUGUUUGUAUGUGUGUAUAUAUAAAGACUUUAUAACACUGUAUGGAUUAAGUUUAAAUAGACAAAAUAAUAUGUUGUUUCUUUCAUGCUGGGAGGACUAAAAUGGCAGCACGACCAGUCCGUUGCAGCCCUGCCCCUCCCUCUAGCUUCCCACACAAAGUGUUGCUAACCACUCCUGCUUCAGACAGUUGCUGCUGCUUUUAAACCCUGAGUAGUGGAUGAAGAACUAACAUCAUUCUUAAAGGGACCUUUCUGAGGAGUGAACUGUAAACUCCAAGACAUGUGGGGAGGGUGGGGCCACCUGCAAAGUGUCCUCCUUGCGGAUGGCCUUUGAAAUUUACCUUGUAAUCACUUUGACCAUGUGUGCCUAUUUGUAAUACAGAUGUGAACUUCUAUUUCCGAGUCAACAGAAUGUUUUAAAACUGAAAUGUUACAUAAAUUCAGAGUAAUCAUUCCCACCCUCUCAUACUCCCAGCUCUUGCCAAAUAUUCCCACUGACACCAGAGGACAACGUGGGGCUCUGACCCCUUCCUUUCUCACCGUCCCUCCCGCUGUAGCUCUGUCACGUGCCUGAGCUCGCCUCAUAUUCUCUGUUGGCUUUUCCUGAGGAAGAAGAGUUUACUAUAGUACUUAGACCGCAGCGUUUCAUAAUGUUUGUCUACCUGCUGCCUUUUUACACCUUUGGCUAUGCGCUAACAUGGAGUAAGACAGAGGAGUGGGUCUGAUCUGUAAGUUACCAUGGGACCAGAAAUGAUGCACAAUGGUGCUUGGCUGCCAUGUUUAGGAAAAGGAAUGGGAACUCUGCUGGGGGUGAUUUAUGUGAUCUCGUGUCAUUAGAGUCACCAAAUGCUGAAUUCUAUCACUGUGUACUGGUGGCCAGGCUCUGAUCUGAUCUGUCAUGUUAACUCCUUAAAGAUAUGUAUGAUUAUGAGAAACAGAAAGCUAAUAAAGUUUUUAACCAAAA